AAGAGGGGCGGAGCUUGAGGGGCUCCUGCAACUCUUGCCUAGCCGACUCCAUUUUGAUGUUGAUCUGAAAGCGCCUCUGGCUCGGCUCCGCGGCGGAGGUCUCCGGGGCUGGGGAGGCAAUGGUGCCGCUUAUGCGCUGACACCGGGCGGGGAAGGACAGGACGGGGGAAGAUCGGGGCUUGGAGGAGGUGGAGGGCGGGGAGCGGCUGGAUGGCUCGGUGAAGAGGAGGAGGCGCCGCUGUCUCCGUUGCCAUUGUUGCCGUUGAGGGGGGGAUCGGCCGCCUCCCCCCAUCGCUCCAGUCCCCGACCUUCCUCCUCCUCCGUCCCUUCCAGGAUCCCGCGAGGACGAGAAGGGGCGCUCCUGCGGAGAGAUGAAGGAUAUUGGAGUUGAAGGGCAGAUGAGCAGCUGGCUCUUCAAGCAGGUGAAAAUCCAUUUGGAGCAGGAGUGGAAAUACCAACCUCGGGAAAAGGGUCUAAGCUUGAUUGAGUGCACUGCGGAGAAUGAAAACACCUUAUGCCCAAGACUGAGGAAUGCAAAAGUUGAAGAUCUCUGGAGUCUGACCAACUUCUUUGGAUUUGCCACAGAAACAUUUGUCCUGGCUGUUAACAUUCUAGAUAGAUUUCUGGCACUUAUGAAGGUGAAACCUAAGCAUUUGUCCUGCAUUGGAGUCUGUUGCUUCCAGCUGGCUGCUCGAGUGGUGGAAGAGGAAUGCAACAUUCCAUCCCUCCAUGAUGUCAUCCGGAUUAGCCAGUGCAAAUGCACUGUGUCUGACCUGAAGCGGAUGGAGAAAAUAAUCUCAGAAAAACUGCACUUUGACUUCAAAGCUACUACUGCCUUAACCUUUUUGCACUUGUACCAUACUAUUGUACUCUGUCAUACCUCAGAAAGGAAAGAAUUGUUGAAUCUUGACAAACUGGAAGCACAACUCAAAGCUUGCAACUGCCGGCUAGUCUUUUCAAAAGCAAAACCAUCCAUCUUGGCCCUGUGCCUUCUCUCUCUGGAAGUGCAGACUCUGAAAUCCAUUGAACUGUUCGAGAUAGUUCUGUGCAUUCAGAAACACUCGAAGAUAAGUGACAGUGACUUACUCUAUUGGAGAGAGCUGGUCUCAAAAUGCUUAGUGGAUUACUCUUCUCCUGCCUGCUGCAAGCCAGACCAUAAAAAGCUAGUUUGGAUUGUUUCGAGACGUACUGCCCAAAAUCUUCAAAACAGCUACUACAGUGUUCCUGAGUUGCCCACAAUCCCAGAAGCUGGAUGUAUUGAUGAAAGUGAGAGUGAGGACUCAUGUGAAGAUAUGAGCUGUGGAGAAGAAAGUCUGAGCAGUUCUCCCCCAAGUGACCUGGAAAGCACUUUCUUCUUUGACCUUCAACCAAAAUCAAAGUGGCAGGCUCUUUCUUUUGAUGCUGGUACGCUAGACUGAGCUUUGAAUGCAUUUAUAGUAUUUUAGGCAACAAGUAUCUAAGCACUCACUCUACCUUGAUGCAAGGGCUCGUCGAGUACCCAAAACAUAUACUGUGCUUUUCCCCUUAGUGUGGUGAUAGUCGAAUGUAGCAAGGUGGAUUCAGUCAACUAUUUAGGUCGUUAUUCAGUGAGGAGCAUGAGCAAAUUUACCCUCUGUGCUAGUAGGCUACAAACACGCUGUAAAGAAGUGCUCAAAUGCCCUGCUUAAACUCAAGGAUGAAUAUGGGGAAAUAUUUUUGGAAUAGGCUCAGUUACAAAGUUAUAUGCUUAUUUCUGUUUGGACUGAAGUACUUUAACCAAAACUUUAGUUGUGCAUUAUUUUUUAAGAAAGGAGUCUCUCCUUUUUUUAAAGCUUUGUUCAAUUUCAGGUAGCUUAUUAAAUCAGGAAUAUGCUUGGCUUAUUUAGGGAAGAAUACAGUCGCCUUUUUAAGUGAAAGCCAGAGGAUAAUCUGAUUAAAUGUGCCAGGCGUGUUUUAGUAUUAAAACUUCUGAAUGCCAGCUUUUCUAUUCUCCAUUUUAGGAACUGAAGUGUAUUCAGAAAACUCUAGUGUUAAUGAAAAAAAGAGCAUACUGUUAAAUUAGAAAUAUUGGCGUUCAUUGUAAAGUCCACAGUCCCUUUUACUUUUAACUUCCGUAGUGUUUUCUCAGUAUUUUUACAUUGUCAUACAUAAUUUCUUAAUCAUAACAUGUUUGCAUGCUUAAGUGAAAGCUGUUAGCGGAAAGGCAAUUGAUGAUGCAGAAGUGUUGGUAAAUGUGAAGUUGAUAAAAGUGGUUGUAAUGACACUUAAUUGCUUGCCAUUUUUUUCUUAAAGCACAGAUUCUUAUAUUUACUUUACUUAAUAUUUUAAAAUAUAUGCAAAAUGAGCAAAAGAAGACAUUUACUCUGUAGUUUUAAUGAUGUAAAAGCAAUGCCAUGGUAGAAAUGAAGGGGCAGCAGAAGAGUUAGAGUUGUAGCAUUGUGUGGCCAUCUUGUCUUAGGCUGAAGUACAGAUGUGAAUGGUGAUGUGUGGUGUGCUCUGAUUUUUAUAAAGGAAAAAAAGUUUACAAAAAUUGUGUAAAAAUGUAAAUUAAAACCUGUAUAAAAAACUUUAAAAAACAAAAUAAGCGGAAAAAUAUUGUAUUUUUACAGUGUGUAUGUAACUUUCAUGUAUGUUGCAUGUAGAUAUUAAUUUAUUGUAUUCUGUAUAUGAUAUAAAUACUGUAUAUUGAAGAUUUGCUUUUUUCGUACUACAAGCCUGAGUGUCAAAAGAUGUUUUCUGAAAGCUGUUUUCUCUCAAAGAUAACUCAGAUCUCUUCGCUUCAGUUCAAUAAAGCCAAAUGCUUUUCCUAAA